AUGCACUUCACAGCCACUGCCCUCACCACCAUCCUCCUGGCCAUUCGACCAGCUCUCGCCGACUUCUUCAUCUUUACCGGCGCAGAGAACCAGUUCCCCGAUCCUGCCCAGGCAACCAUCGUACUCUUCUUCAAUAACCCACCUAGCUGCAAGGACGUCACAAGCAAGGCCAUCCAAUGGACCAUCAGCCCCAACAACGAUGCCUCCUUUGAUGGUAUUGCGUGUGACGGCUGUGACGGCAGCAAGGCUCCCCAGGAUUGGGACGUGAAGCGUUUCGAGGUCCACGACCGUAAAGCCGGCACUUUUGACAAUGGUGGCAGUGAACCUCAUUUUACACUCUACAAGGACGACAAGAAUGGCGGAUGGGGCCUGUACGACGUCGACAUGAAGUCGAUUGGUACAUGUACUCGCCCUGAUCCUGUUCAGAUUGCGAAUUGCCCUGAUGUUUUCUCUGCUGAUAGUGUUGCUGGCAUUAUUCACUGCACGUCUGCCAUGACGAUCAAAAACUCCAACUAA